GGGUAAUAAAAAUAUUCUUGCAGAUUCUAAUACUUUAACAGACUCUGAUUCUUCUGCAGAAACUGAUGUUAUUUCGAAGAACAUUCUGAUAACAACAAUCGAAUUAACUGAAGAAAUAAUUGGGAAGAGAUUAAAACUUUUGACUAUAAAGAAUUUAACGAGCAUC